AUAGGCAAAAUGAUUAUCAUUUGGUUAGUCGUUUCUAUCAUUUAUGGGUUAACACAUAUUUUUUGGACGAAGACAGUUGUAUUUAGCGGUAUCUAUUUCGGUUAUUUCUUCAAUCCACAUGUUGGAUAUAUUGAUAGUAAUAACGAGAUUUUUCUUCAAGUUGUUUUAAUUAGUUUAUUCAAUGCAUUAGCAGCUUCAAUUUAUGUUUUUAUGCAGUAUAUCCAUAUUAAUGAAGUGAUUAUAAUAAUUGGUCAACUUUGUUGGUUAAAUGCACACGGUGGGAAAUGCAGUAGAAUCUCCUUAUGA